AUGGACAAAAGAACCGCCUUCGACAAGGCCAUCAACGCCACUUCGUUGAUCUUCAAGUCCUCGCCCGUCAAUGUCCUUCUUGUCUUCCUUCCAUUCGGUUUGUUAGGAGGGUAUCUUGGAUGGAACGCCAUUGCGGUAUUUGUCCUCAAUUUCUUUGCAAUUUGUGCCCUUGCCAGCAUUUUGGCAUUCAGUACUGAAUGUAUCUCUGAUCACGUUGGUGAAACUUUGGGGGCUUUGUUGAAUGCCACUUUUGGUAACAUUGUUGAGCUUAUUGUCAGUGUUAUUGCCCUUCGCAACAACCAGAUUAGAAUUGUUCAAACCUCGAUGUUGGGUUCCAUCCUUUCCAAUUUGCUUCUCGUUCUUGGAUGCUGUUUUGUUUGUGGUGGCUGGAACAGAUUACAACAAAGCUUCUCCAAGACCGUUGCCCAAACUAUGAGUUCCCUCAUGGCCCUUGCUUGUGCCUCUUUGGUAAUCCCUGCUGCUUUUAACGCCUCUUUGGCAGAAUUGAACCAUGAGGCUCCAGCCACCCCAGAAAACCCAAACCCUGAAAUCCUCGCGUUGUCCAGAGCCACUUCAGUUGUGUUGCUAGUGAUUUACGUCCUCUAUCUUUUCUUCCAAUUGGUUACCCAUCGCUCCCUCUUUGAACCUGCCGAGCACGAACUCGAUGACGAGCAUCACUCAAUCCGCCGUGGCUCAAUACUCUCCUCCGAAGAAUCACAUCUUCCAGAGGUACCAGUCUCCCUCGAUGACGAUCUUUACACUCUUAGUCUUCGUAGCUCGAUAAUCACUUUGGUGGUCUCGACUUUGUUAACUUCGUUUUCUGCAGACUUCCUUGUUGGAAGUAUCGACGUUAUGGUUGAAAGAACCGGUAUUUCCAAAUCUUUUAUCGGUCUUAUUCUUAUUCCAAUCAUUGGUAAUGCUGCUGAGCACAUUACUGCUGUGAUUGUCGCCACUAAGGAUAAGAUGGACCUUGCCAUUGGGGUGGCCGUUGGUUCUUCGAUGCAAAUUGCGUUGUUUGUCACCCCGGCCAUGGUUCUUGCUGGAUGGGCCAUGGAUGUGCCUAUGAACUUGUAUUUUAGUUUAAUUGAAACUGCGGUGUUGUUUGUUUCUGUCUUCAUUACAAAUUACUUGAUUUUGGACGGAGAGAGUAACUGGUUGGAAGGGGCCAUGUUGUUGGGUACUUAUAUCAUCAUUGCAUUGGCCUUUUACUUUUUUCCAGGUUAG